UUCAGUUAUGGUGACAGCGUGUGUAUGUCAGUCUUGGUUCGGAGGUUUCAGUUUCGAAAACUGUAAGAGUCUCAUCUCAUCUCAUCUUAUCUCAAAUCAUUUCAGGAGCAAAGAAUCAAGACACACAGACAUGAAUCUGUUAACGUCUGUCGUGGUGCUGGGACUGUGCUGCACGCUCAGCUCUCUCACUGUAUCAGGAUCUGAAGAGUGCAGUUUGUGCAGGCCUUUCAUUCUGGAUGCCAUCAAGGAAGCCAAACAAAUCGUAGAUGACUCUUAUUUGUACUCUCGUCAAAAGAGCCUUGAGAGAGUGCGCAGGAACGAUUCCAUCAAUCCAGCUGAUAUACUGCGUCUGAUGAAGCAGCCGAAACGGAAGGCGCGUCAGGCUGUAAGAGCUGCAGAUUACCUGGAGCAGACAUUGAGGAUCAUCUCUGAGAAAACACACCAUACACACAAGAGAUCUAUUAAUGCCACAGCACUGCUAACUCAUGAAGAACUCGAGACGAUCGAGCGUCUGACUGGCUGUGCCGCUCAAACCCUGCCACCAAUGUGCAGAAUGAUGCCAGACCUGAACCGAUAUCGUACAGCCACCAGCAUCUGCAACAAUCGUAUAAAUCCACUUCGAGGUGCUUCAAACGUAGCGUUCACCCGCUGGCUGCCUCCAGUUUAUGAAGAUGCCAUCUCCCAACCUCAAGGAUGGAACCCAGGAAGACUCUAUAAUGGUGUUGUGCUGCCUCUGGUGAGGCUGGUGUCAAAUCGCAUUUUCAGCACACAGGACCAAAAUGUUCAGGGGGACAAUGAGUACACACUUCUCAUCACCUUCUUCGGUCAGUGGAAUGAUCACGACCUGUCCUUCACCCCCAUGUCACCCAGCAUCCGGUCCUUUAGUAAUGGCAUUAACUGUGAUGAGAGCUGCGAGCGCUCCGAGCCGUGCUUCCCCAUCCAGAUUCCUAGAGAUGACCCGCGCCUGCCCUCCGGUCCCAACAGCUGCCUCCCUGUUUUCCGCUCUGCACCCGCCUGUGGCUCUGGGUACGGUGCGUACAUGUUUGGAGGUGUGCCGCGGGUGCGGGAGCAGAUCAACACUCUGACAUCGUUCCUGGAUGCAGGCCAGUUGUACGGCUCUGAGGAAGGGCUUGCUCAAGAACUCCGCGACCUCUCUAAUGAUGGGGGCCUUAUGCGUGUCAACAACAGAUUCCGGGACAAUGGGCGUGAGCUGCUGCCCUUCACCAACGUGGUCAGCAAUAUGUGCACCACACGCAAUCGCAUUCGGAACACCACAGGCCUGCAAGAAGUGCCGUGUUUUAUCGCAGGUGAUGAGCGUGUGGAUGAGAACAUUGCUCUCACGUCACUGCACACACUCUUCCUCCGAGAACACAACCGGAUCGCUCGUGCUCUACGCCGCCUGAACCCCCAAUGGGGAAAUGAACAGCUUUAUCAGGAAACUCGCAAAAUUGUUGGAGCCUACCAUCAGAUCAUAGUGUUUAGAGAUUAUCUGCCACACAUCGUAGGAACAGAUGCCAUGAGGAAGCAGCUCGGCAAGUAUCCCGGCUACAACCCAAACGUAGACCCAACCAUCUCCAAUGUUUUCGCCACUGCUGCUUACCGUUUUGCCCAUGCCACCAUCCAGCCCCUCAUCUUCCGUUUGAAUCAAAACUUCCAGGAAAAUCAACAAUUCCCCAGCGUCCCUCUACACCAGGCCUUCUUUACACCAUGGAGAAUUGUAUUUGAAGGUGGGAUUGAUCCUCAAAUUCGGGGGUUGAUUAGUCGUCCAGCUAAGCUGAACAGGCAGGACAGUGUGCUGGUGGAUGCGGUGAGAGAAAGACUGUUUGCCUUCACCAGCAAACUCGCCCAGGACCUGGGUUCCCUCAACCUGCAGAGGAGCCGAGACCAUGGCCUACCAGGCUAUAAUGCAUGGCGCAGGUUUUGCGGUCUGUCCACACCCAGGAAUGCUAUUGAACUGGGUAGGGUGCUGAAUAACACAAACCUGGCACGUCGACUCAUCGAGCUCUACGGCUCUCCCAAUAACAUCGACCUCUGGGCAGGAGGUAUUGCCGAACCGUUUGUCUCUGGAGGUCGAGUUGGGGCGGUGUUCUCCUGUAUCAUUGCCACCCAGUUCCAGAAGAUCCGUCAAGGAGACAGGCUCUGGUGGGAGAACAUGGGUGUUUUCACUCCAGCACAGAGAAACGCACUGUCCAGGGUGUCUCUGUCUCGCAUCAUCUGUGACAACACGGCCAUCAGCAGAGUUCCUAGGAACCCUUUUAUCUUAAGUCGCAACCAAGCAAACUUUGUCAACUGCAGAAGCAUCCCGGGGAUUAACCUUAAUGCUUGGCGGGAAUCAGAUUCUCAAGGACGUUCUGAAGAACUAGAUUCUCAAGGACAUUCUGAAGAACUAGGGCACGGUGAAAAUGCACCUGAUGAAAAUGAGAUUCUCAGAGAGAAUCAGUUCAACGAUAUCCAGGACCUAGAGGACACGCUGGACAACCAGGUCAGCCAGGAAUGAGAGGCUCCAGUGGUCCAUUUUGAAUCCCCUACCCGCCCGAGCCCCCCCUUGGUCCUUGCAGCAUCCUGGAUGUUCGUGGGCUUCUUGGCCUCUUUCUUCCUGCUAUUGCUUCUGCAAGAUCAGCUACAAAGAUUUGAACCUUUACAACACCCAGACAAGCAAGUUCACCUGCAGCAUAUCUGACAUCUAGGAGUUGAAUUUCUUCUGUUUGCUGUCUACAGUAUCAGCACCAUGACCAUGUAACAUAGCUGCACCUUGGUUUUGAGCAGCCCUAGUGAUAUACUGCUCCUGAGGAUGGAUCAGAGUUUGAGACUGUUGCUAGAGGCCAAUUAAUGCAUUGACUUGACUUUUUUUUUUUGCCCUUCAAAUGCCCACAUUUAACACUCAUGUUCUGUUAUGUAGCAAACUUCUGUCCCAGGUUACAGCUGUACAAGUUUACUACCCAACAUAUCUUUGUAUUCAUUAUUAUGAGUAGUAAUAGUGAUGUACAUUCAUUAACAAUUUUGUUAAAUACCACAGUUCAGUUCAAAACGAUACCAAGUUCAGUUUGGGAACGUGAUUUUGGUUGUCCAAGAUGGCUGCCUCAUAAUGUAAAAGCUAAUUAGUAAUGUUUUGUUCAUGGUUUUAAAUGACAGUAAGUCAUACUGUGUCCUAAACCACAUCAGCAAGUCUGUGUAAGAUCACUGAAGACCUGAAUGAGAUUUGUGGCUCAUAUUUAGGACCAGACAGACUUCCAAUAUUUAUUAGCUCCAUAUUCCUAGUAGCAUCAGUGAAAACAAAUAUAAAAACAAACCAGGCAGUCUUAUCAGGGCUAUAGAUUAUUGUCCAUGUUUUUACAUGUAUUUUCAUAUUUCUAAUUACAUAUACACUUUCUGUUUGGCUUCUUUUUCUGUUCCCAGUAAGUGUUAUAUUGCAUUAACAUUUUAUUUUGUGUUGCAAACCAUUUGCAAAUUAAAUCAUGUACCUCAUCUGUACAACUUUUGGCUUAUUUGAUGUUGAGUCAUGUCAUAUUUAAAAUAAACUACGCUUCUGGUGUA